AUGACAGCAUCUGAGGAGCCUGCAGCUGUCUGCCUGGCUGAUACCCUCAGCUCUUUCAAACAGCAGCAACGCUGGAGGGAGAGAUGGGAACCGAAUCAUACAUCUGUCAGAAAGGUUUCUCGGCGCUCUGUCAGCAAGGAGCGAUGGGUAGAGACGCUUGUGGUUGCAGACAGUAAGAUGGUUGAAUAUCAUGGAAGUGACCAUGUGGAAUCAUAUAUCCUCACUAUAAUGAAUAUGGUUGCAGGGUUGUUCCACGAUCCAAGCAUUGGCAACGCGAUUCACAUUGUGCUGGUCCGGCUCAUCCUCUUUGAGGAGGAGGAGCAAGGCUUGAAGAUCGUUCACCAUGCUGAUAAGACACUAGCCAGCUUCUGCAAAUGGCAGAAGAGUGUCAACCCCAAGAGUGACGUCAACCCUACACACCACGAUGUGGCUGUCCUCCUAACCAGAAAGGACAUUUGUGCUGGCAUGAAUCGUCCCUGUGAAACCUUAGGUUUAUCUCAUCUGUCAGGCAUGUGUCAGCCUCACAGAAGCUGUAAUAUAAAUGAGGAUUCUGGCCUUCCAUUGGCUUUCACUAUUGCUCAUGAACUUGGACACAGUUUUGGUAUCCAGCACGAUGGAAAAGAGAAUGACUGUGAGCCUCUUGGAAAGCGCCCAUAUAUUAUGUCCCGGCAGUUGCAGUAUGAUCCUACUCCUCUCACCUGGUCACAGUGCAGCAAGGAAUACAUCACACGUUUCCUAGACCGUGGAUGGGGAUUCUGUCUUGAUGAUAUCCCUCAAAAGGAAGUUUUAAAGUCCCCAAUCAUUGCUCCUGGAGUCAUUUAUGAUGUGCAUCACCAGUGCCAGCUUCAGUAUGGUUCCAAUGCUACUUUCUGUGAAGAUGUGGAUAACCUUUGCCAGACACUCUGGUGCUCGGUGAGAGGAUCCUGCCGUUCCAAACUGGAUGCAGCAGCAGAUGGAACUCAAUGCGGAGAAAACAAGUGGUGCUUCUCUGGUGAGUGCAUUACAGUAGGCAAGACUCCUGAGGCAAUCCAUGGUGGAUGGGGUGUUUGGUCAUCCUGGUCCCACUGCACAAGAACAUGUGGGGCAGGAGUUCAGAGCGCGGAGAGACCAUGUGAUAACCCAGAACCACAAUUUGGAGGAGACUACUGCACUGGAGAAAGGAAGCGCUAUCGCAUGUGUAACAUUAGCCCCUGUCGCAAAGGCUUGCCAACCUUUCGUCAGAUGCAGUGCAGUGAAUUUGAUACAGUUCCCUACCAGAAUGAGUUCUACCACUGGGUUCCUGUUUACAAUACAGCAAACCCCUGUGAGCUCCACUGUCGCCCCGUAGACGGCCAUUUUUCAGACAAGAUGCUUGAUGCAGUCACUGAUGGUACUCCCUGCUUUGAAGGAAGGCAUAGCCGAGAUAUCUGUAUUAAUGGCAUGUGUAAGACUGUAGGCUGUGAUUAUGAGAUAAAUUCCAACGCAACCGAAGACCAGUGUGGAGUUUGCCUUGGCAAUGGCUCUGCUUGUCGUACAGUGAAGAUGUUAUUUAAUCAAAGUGAAGGAUUUGGAUACGUUGAUAUUGGGCUAAUUCCAAAAGGUGCAAGGGGGAUCAAAGUCGUGGAAGUUGCAGAAGCAGGAAAUUUCCUUGCUGUGCGAAGCAAAGACCCAGAAAAAUAUUACCUGAAUGGAGGCUUUAUUAUCCAGUGGAAUGGUGAAUACAAAGUGGCUGGCACAGUAUUUCAGUAUGACAGAACAGGGGAUCUAGAAAAUCUGACUGCUCCAGGACCGACCAAUGAAUCAAUAUGGAUUCAGCUACUUUUUCAAGAAACUAAUCCUGGAAUUAAGUAUGAAUAUACUGUACGUAAAGAAGAAAGUCAUGAGAAUGAGAUUGGAGAACCAGAGUAUUUUUGGCAGUAUGGAGAAUGGACAGCUUGCAGCGUUACCUGUGGAAGAG